AUGGUUACUUUUUUGCAAAGGAGAUGCCAAGCAAUGGAAAAUGUGGCCCACGCUAUGGUAACGAAGACACCUAGCACUCAGACUGCUCAAAAAAUCUGUGCUGUCUGUAAUAAGUACGAUCACGUCGUCUACUCCUGUCCCGUGUUUGCCAGUAUUAGCCCGAAUGAACGCUGGAAAAAGGCAAAAAACGCUAAAUUGUGUAUUAAUUGCCUUAAACCAGGCCAUCAGGUGCAGCAGUGCAAAUCAUCUGCAUGUCGCCGUUGCUCGUUGAUGCACCACACUCUAUUGCAUUUUAAUCAGACGGAUCAGACGAAUCUCAGACCACCCGAAGGAUUACCUAGUCCAGCGCAGUCAGCACCACUCAUAGCCAUGACAGCCAGCAAUUCGUCUCCAGCUCACCCAACUGCUAACUCAAAUGAAUGCGUGCUACUUGCUACUGUUGUUGUUUUAAUUCGCAACUAUGUCGGUUCUCUCGUGCCAUGUCGUGCCAUUCUUGAUUCCGCUUCCCAGCUUAAUUUUGUAACAACUAGACUCGCUAGUCAAUUACAGCUUAAAAAAUCUAAGUCAUUAGUGACAGUUUCGGGCAUUGGAGACUCAGAACUCGUUAUCGACUCCAGCGUGAACAUCUUCAUUCAGUCAUUACAUAGCAACUUCACUGCGACUAUAGAUGCAGCAGUAACUCCAACAAUCAUCGAUUGCCAACCAAAUUAUUCACUUGACAUCACUCAUUGGGAUAUUCCAGCGAACAUAACUCUAGCAGAUCCCGAAUUUCACAAGCCGCAACGUGUGGACCUCCUGAUCGGCGCAAGCAUGUUCUUUGACCUGCUAUGUAUUGGUCAAUUUCAUUUAAGAAAUAAUAAUCAUAUUUUGCAAAAAACUCGUUUUGGCUGGGUUGUGUCUGGCGGUCGUGGUAUCUCGUCAAGGUUAUCAUCCUACAUAACUACAGCAACAAAUUCAUUUGAGUCUGAUGCAGUUCAUCAAACUACCAACGAUAUGGUGCGUUCACUUUGGGAGGUAGAAAACAGUUUUGAGCCCAUUCGAAAGGCUACAAAGGAGGAAAUCGAUUGCGAGGCUCAUUUCAAGGCGCAUUACAGUCGUAUGGCGACAGGUGAAUAUUGGGUUCGCCUUCCUUUAAAGCCUAGCGUACAUCAACUUGGAGAUUCGUACCAACAGGCUUUGCGACGGUUUUUGGCUCUUGAAAGGCGUCUUCAGCGCAAUCACGAAGUGAAAGCACAAUAUUCAUUAUUCAUGAAGGAGUAUAUUGAGCUCAAUCAUAUGUCUCCUAUCUUAAAACUACCAACAACAGUACCUGUUUACUUCAUGCCUCAUCAUUGCGUAUUCAAGAAUGACAGUUCAACAACCAAACUCAGAGUUGUGUUCGAUGGCUCGGCGCUGACGACAACUGGGUAUUCAUUGAAUGAGGUACUGAUGACGGGUCCAACGAUACAGGCAAAGCUAGUAGAUACUCUCAUUCGUUUUCGAUCUCAUUCGGUCGCACUGAGCGGCGACAUUUGUAAGAUGUAUCGGUGCAUUAAAGUCGCAGCCCCUGAUAACUACUUGCAAUGCAUACUUUGGAGGGAUGACCCUCAAGAUGACAUCCAAAUGUUCAAACUCGAUACAGUGACUUACGGCACAAAGUCCGCACCCUAUUUAGCAGUUCGCACCAUGCAUCAGCUUGCUCAGAUCAUUUUGCGCGAUUUCUACGUCGAUGACUUAAUCACCGGCGGCGAUACCAUUAAUGACGUAACUCAUAUAAUGUUACAAACAUCUGAACUACUAGGUAAAGAGAAACGUUCGCACUACAUUACUCUGCUCAAAGUCCAGGGUUGCACCACUGAAAUCAAUUACAGUUCCCAAGCUGGAGUUAUGUGCAGCUACGCUUUUGGCGCAAGUAGUCCAUGCCAUUGA